AUGGUGGCUCAGGUCUUCACUGCUGCUAAUGGUAUCAGUACUGUUAAGCCUCUCCCUGCAAGGUCCACCGUGGCCCAGAGAAAACAAGCCAACGAACGUAGAAAGACACUGAAACCCCUGCUGGAGAAGAGAAGACGGGCUCGCAUCAAUGAUAGUCUUAAUCAUUUGAAGAGCCUGAUUUUGCCUCUUGUUGGCAAAGACAACGCACGUUACUCCAAGCUGGAGAAAGCAGAUAUUCUGGAAAUGACAGUCCGCUUCCUCAGAGAUCUUCCUUCCACCCCAGUCAAAGACUCCGCAGACAGUUACAGAGAAGGUUACAAAGCUUGCCUGCAGCGCGUUUCCGCGCUGCUUCCCAAAAGCUUGGAUCAGGACGCGUGCCAACGGGUGCACAACUUCGUUCAACAGUCCAUGUCUGCCACCGUCACCCCAACCUGCCUGAAUUGCUGCGCCCAAAGCUCCAGGACUUUGCCUCAAAUCCAAGAGAGCAUUAUGAGCCUUAAAUCCAGCUUCACCUCCAGGCUGGAGAGCCAGCACCGCGGCAGCAGCGCAGUGGCUCCAAGCAGAGCGCAGUCAGACCCACAGGCUGUCAGCGCUGCAAUGUGGAGACCUUGGUAGAUUAGCUGGACUUUUAUCUCAUGUGUAUUGUAUAUUUUGUGGUGUUUUCUAUUUAUAUUAAAACAAUGUUAGUCUCAGUAAGCAAGACGAAGAAUUGUUGGAGCUGUAUAUAGGUUUAAGAAAUUUUAUGUUUAAUGCCAGGAGGCUCGAGCACAGAUCUCAAAGAAACUGAAGUUUAUGAGCUUUUUUUUUUUUUAAAAAAAAAUGCAAUCCUCUUUGGGGUUUCAGAGUUAUGGGUUGUAGACAACACUUGUGUAAACCCCAAGGGUUAUUUUGUUUGAGGUUUGCACGAUUGACUUAAAUGUAUUUUGGUCUGUGCAACAGAAUAGUCUGUAAACACUAUGUGUUAAAUAGGAUUAUACAGUAUUUAUGUAA